ACCCAUUAAUAAAACAACUGUAUGGACUAAUUGUACAAAUAGAUUUGGGCCCAAUAUGUUUUUCGCUAGUGCUCAAAUUGACGUAUUCUUCCCUCAAGGGCGAAGUUUCUAGGCUCUCAAUUUCUCCGGCGAAUUCCACUUUUAGAAUUGGGGAAGUAUGGGCCGCAAAGCUGGCACCUUAUAUAUUAACCCAAGGAACUUCGGAAGUCUCCAAAAACCGUGCGCAAAGGAAAUGGUCACAUUUCUUAAUUGUUUGACUUUAAAUCACAACAAGGACGAGAAAUGUGGCAGACAAAAGUCACUUCUCAGUACCUGCAUGGAAGCUCAGAGUGGCAAAAACAGAAAGCCUUGGGGUAGCAUCAAUUAUCACCUUCAGAGGCUGAGCAGGGGAAGGAAGUAAUUUCGUUACAUCUGCAUUACUCAAACCAGCAAAUGGUGACUGUUGGGCGUAUUUUGAAGUUAGUUACUGAGAUGGUUUUUCCAAUUUCUCGAUGAACAUCAUUUUCCUGAAAUCUUCUGUAAUUUUUGAUGAAUAAUUCAGAGUUGAAAAGGAGUUGAGGAACACUACUUUUUUGUCUAUUUCAGGAGCUAUGUUUUGAUGAGUUUUCGAUAGCAGCUCUAUAAAGUCGAUAGCUUACGUUUCUGUUUACCUUUUAAAAGGGCAAAAACAUGUGUUCGUUAGCAGCUCUAUAAGUCGAUAGCUUACGUUUCUGUUUGCCCUUUAAAAGGGCAAGAACAUGUGUUUGUUAGCAGCUCUAUAAGUCAAUAGCUUACGUUUCUGUUUGCUUUUUAAAAAGGGCAAAAACAUGGGUUCGUAGAAAAGAGCUUGUUUGAUUGAGAAGAUGUGUCAGCUAUUGUUUUGAUC